ACGCCAGGGCAUUGUGCAAUGUUUGGAAGCUACACACUUAUGGACUUAGAGCAGAACAAGGUGGUGGAGACUCAACUUGUUCAGAGCAACGAAGUACGUAGCAGUUGUCAUAUGGAGAAGGAAUGGUUGGUGAGAGCAGUUCAAUCCAUGGAAGAAAAUAAUGUUGCCAUUAGCCAACUUAUAACUGACAGACAUCUGCAAGUGGCCAAAUGGGUCCGGGAAAACAUGCCUGGUACAACCCACUAUAUCGAUGUAUGGCAUGUAGCGAAAGGUUUGAAGAAGAAACUUGUUGCCUUGAGCAAAGAAAAGGAAUGCGAAAAUAUAGGAGGAUGGAUCAAAAGUAUAACAAAUCAUCUCUACUGGGUACCUUCAUCGACACCAGAAGGCGAAGAUGAUAAUGUGAAAUGGGAGAAGUGGACAAGUGUGUAUCACCAUGUCCAGAAUAUUCAUGUCGGCCAUGGUGACCACUACCAGCAAUGUGAGCAUGGGGCAUUGGACCCUAAUGAUAGACAGAAAAGAUGGCUCAGGCCUGGAACAAGGGUUGUUGAAAAGUUGGAGGGCAUCAUUCACUCCCGUCAAAUGAAAAAGGAUAUCAGGAUGCUAUCUCCACAACUACAGACCUCCAGCCUGGAAGCAUACCACUCGACCAUAAAUCAUUUUGCACCCAAAAUGAACAAGUUCUCAUACAAAGGGAUGCAGAGCAGACUGAUACUAGCAGCGCUGCAUUUCAAUGAGAACAGUAAGCGGACGCAAGCAACAACCAAGGCCAACCAACUCAGAUACAAGAUAGCCUUCCCCAAACAGAAGAAGGGUGACUACACAGUCAAGAAAGUGAAGACCCAAAAUACAUAUGGAUAUGUUGAUACGCUGUUGGAAGAGGUGACCUCCCGUGUGCAGUUUGGUGAAGUACCACCUCUUUUAUCAUCCUGA